UGAUGAUGUCAUCACAAACAACAUCUGAAGUCUGGAACAAGGACUGCGACAAAGUCAGGAUGAGACCGUCUCCUCUUCUUCUUCUUCUUCUUCUUCUUUUGUUGGCUUCACAGACGGAGGCCUUAAGAAGUGUGCAGUCGGCGAAUGCGGACCACUUGGCUCCGCAAGAUGACUUCAGGGGUCCUGAGGCGUGUCUCCACAAGAAGCCGACGCGUGCGUCAUGUGACUUGGUGUUCUGUCCUCCCUGGGAGCGCUGUAUUGAAGGUCAUUGCUCCUGCAAGCCGCCGUAUUUGUGUCCUGCGGAGGACAUGACUCCUGUGUGUGGGCUGGACAGUCGCCUCUACCGCUCCUACUGCCAGGUGAUGGCGCUGGCGUGUCGCAACAAGAAGACCGCCAUGUCCCACUUUGGAGACACGUGCUCAGAAGAGCAAGCCAAGUUCACCAGCUCCUUGGACCCUCAGACUGGCAUGGUCUCGCUCUUCGUCCCCGAGCCGGCGAGUCCCAGCGGUGGGCGUCGCCUGCUUGUGUGUUUGAAGCUGUGGGACACGGCUAGCGCUAAUGUAGCCUGCAAGGAACAUGGCCACAUGCUCGGCGCCUCGUCUGCCGGAUCGCUCGAUUACCCAACUUUGAGCCAAGAAGGCGUACACUCGGCGUUUCCCACCAGCUGCGUCAGCGUCCGCUGUCAAGGCUUCGAGACUUCGCUGGCCGAAUGCGUCAUCCACGACAGCGUCCGCAUCACGGACAAGGUUGCCAUGGUGACGUGCUACAACGAGUCCAGCGCCCCCGCAGGAGACAAGUGCGGCUUCAAGUGUGCUAACGGGAAAUGCGUGUCCACCGAGCGCACCUGCGACGGCGUGGACGACUGUGGCGACCGCAGCGACGAGAUGUGCUGCAAACGUUGCAGGAGCAGCGCCUUCCGCUGUAAGACGGGUGUGUGCGUGCACGCUGACGCCUUAGCUGAUGGACAGGUGGACUGUUUGGACGGCGAAGAUGAGGCCGUGACGUCCAAAGCAGUGAGCGCAAAAGCAGUGAGCGCAGGGCCUACCAACACAGAAUACAUCUCUCCCAGGACAGAAACCAGCGCCAGCCGUGCACAUCUGGAGUCCAAGCUGCAAUGCGGCGUCCCCAACGUCACCGCUGCGGAAGACGACAGCGUGAGGGAUCGUGUGAGCGGCGGCCGAUACAAGCGAGUGGUCGGGGGGAUUCCGGCCAAUCGGACCCAAAUCCAGUGGCAGGUGGGCCUGGAGCAGAACGGCAAGAUGGACUGCGGUGGCACGUACAUCGGAGGCUGCUGGAUCGUCACUGCGGCUCACUGUGUCAAGCCCAACCCCUCAACAUUCCGCGUGAAGUUCUCCAUCUUUAAGAAGUUGACGCCUCAGGACACGACGGACAUCGUUCCCGUGGGCGAAGUCAUCAUCCACCCAAAGUACAAAGCCCGCACGUACGAGAACGACAUAGCGCUGCUGCGUCUCAAGGACCUCCCGCAGGAGAAGGGCAAGUGUGUGGAGGAUAACCCUGCUGUGAGACCCGCCUGUCUCCCCUGGUCCACUCAGCUCUUCCAGCCCAAUCACACCUGUAGCAUCUCUGGUUGGGGGCGCAUGGCAGAGGGAAAAGCCUCCCAGGUCCUAAGGUGGGCCAACGUGUCUCUCAUUGACGACUGUCAGAGGUUCUACCAGGAUCGCUUUCGACCAGGCAUGAUGUGUGCAGGUGACCUGGACGGCAACGUGGACUCGUGCCAAGGGGACAGCGGCGGUCCUCUGAUGUGCGAAGACCACCUGGGCGUGUCCUACUUGUGGGGUGUGGUCAGCUGGGGCGAGCGAUGCGGUCAGCCUGGCUUCCCGGGAGUUUACACUCAGGUGGCGCAAUACUUUGAGUGGAUACGACUUCACACGGGCUGGCCUGCCGUCACUAAGUUCAACUCCUGACCACACACUACUGUACUUCCUGUACUGUGAUUCUUCUUUUUCUUCAAAGUAAACAAUAAACAUGGAUGAAAAACUUCUCCACAUGUCUGCCAGGA